CUGCGGUGACCUACAUCUGCUGCAGCCUGCCUGGCCACCACCAGUUGAUGCAGAGUCUCUGGCAGUGAGCAGCAGCUGGAAACGGACAGGAGGGAGAGGACAGGAGGCAGGAGGCCGGUUGCACACCCAGGAGGUCAGUUUCCAGCGUCCACCAGUAGAAGAGCCCAAGAGGAGCCAGAAUCAUGGCAGGGAAGCCCCCGAAGUUCUCCAGGCCUGGAGUGAGCAUCCGGCAGUUGGUGGACGAGAUCCCCAAAGGCGGCAGCGUGCCUGAUUUCGAGCAGAAGCCUGUGACCUUGGCUCUGCAAGAGGGGAAAAAUGCCGUCUUCCGGGCGGUGGUCUGCGGGGAGCCCAGACCCAGGGUGCGCUGGCAGAGCUCCAGAGGAGACCUCAGCAGCUCCAGCAAGUACCAGAUCUUGGGCGCCGGCAGCAGGGAGCACGUGCUACAGAUCAACAAGCUGACGGGCGAGGACACGGACCUGUACCGCUGCAUCGCGGUGAACGUGUACGGAGAGGCCACGUGCUCAGCCAGACUUACCGUUAUUGAAGUUGGCUUUCGGAAGAACCGGAAGAGGCAGACGGAACCCCAGGAGGAUCUCAAGAAGGAACUGAUGGACUUCCGGAAGAUGUUGAAGAGGACCCCGACUCCAGCCCCCAAGAAGAAGGUCGACCUGGAGCAGGUGUGGCAGCUGCUGAUGACGGCAGACAGGAAGGACUAUGAGCAGAUCUGCGUGCGGUACGGCAUUGUCGACUUCCGCGGCAUGUUGCGCAAGCUGCAGGUGAUGAAGAAGGAGCAGGAAGACAAGAUGGCGCAGUACGUCAACGUCAUCUCCAACCUGAGACACAUCAGAGUCACCAAGGAUGGGGUCGCCACCUUUGAUCUGGAGAUGGAGCUCAAGGAUAUUGAGAGCAAGAUUUACCUGUAUAAGGAUGGCGAGAUGGUGCCAUACGGCUUCGACAACCAGACCAGGCACUGUCUGCGGCGGCUGGGGAGGCGUUACCACUUCCAGAUCCAGGACCUGCGGCCCGAGGACGCCGGCAUCUACCAGGUCCGGGUGGAGGACGCCGUGGUCUUCUCCACAGAGCUGCAGGCCAGCGCCAUCCCGCCGCGGGUGGUGGUCCCACUGACCGACGUCCACGUUGAGGAGCAGGGAGACGCAGUCUUCGAGUGCACAUUCUCCAGCCCCUGCCCGGACAUCACCUGGCACUUCCAGCACCGGCCUCUGCGGCCCAGUGACAGACACGAGGUGUUUGUGUCGCCCGACGGGCUGACCCAUCGGCUGCUGGUGAGAGGGGUUCGGCUCUCAGACAGGGGCCUCUAUUCCCUCGGCAUCGGGCUCCACGCCUCCAGCGCCAGGCUGGUGGUUGAAGAAGCCGGGAAGGAUAAAGGCCUUGACACUGACCAGCAGCCGCCCAGGCCGGGCGCACACGCCGCGGAAGCCGCAGACUCCGAGAGCCUCGGUGCCCAGGCAGGGAAAGGCAGAGCGCAGGGCCCCAUGGCCGGCUCAGACACAGGUGGCCUUGGCCAGCAGGGCUCCUCCUUAGUGGGCAAUGAGGGGACAGCUAAGUCGGCCUGGGGCUCUGGGCAGGAGACAGGGGGCUUUCUAGCAGGGGUGAGUGACAGAGUGCCUGCUCCCGGGAAAGAUCAGCUCCUCAGAGAGGGGGGCGGGGCUGCCAGGCUUGCAGGGAGGUCUGGUCCACAGGCGGGGGCAGGGGGCCCAGCAUCAGGCCUGGGGGUUGCAGAGAGAGGACAGCAAGACGGUGGCAGUGAUGGUGACAGGAAUGGACACUGGGGGCCAGCAGGGGCCUGGGAGGCUGGAGGCUGGGGCAGCAGCAAGGAAGGCGGGGGGCACAGAGCAGACCGUGGGGGUCAGCUGGACGGGCUCAGCCAGGGACAGCUCGGGGAUGCUCACCUGGGACCCCGGGGCACAGGAAAGAGGGCACUGCAGGGCGCCCAGUCUGGUCCUGCAGGAUCUUGGCCCGGAGAGGAGGGGAUGGAGGCUUCUCAGGGCAAUGGCCUGAACGAGGUGGAGGGAGGGGGUGGUCUGGGCAGAGAGACAGGGAGAGGAGCAGCAGGAGCAGGGUGGGGCGGCAGGGCUGGCCUGGGGCAAGCUGGAGAGGGCAUUGGAGGAGGAGGGCCCGGCACCCUGGGGUCCACUGGAGGAGAAGGUUCUGGCUCCAUGACAGGCACCGGCCCAGAGUCCUGGGGCGCUCCGGGAGGUGGCGGUGCUGACCAUGGUGGAGCCAGUGGCUUCUGGGGGUCAGAGGGCUAUCCAGGACAGCCAUGGGGAGGUGAGGACACCCAAGAACCAGCAAUGUCCAGUGGCAGAAAAUUUCUCCUGGGGGCUGGGGGUUCUGCAGCCAACGGCGAGGGUCUCGUGCAGGGGGCAGGUGGGCGAGGGCUGGGGGACUCUGUCGCUGGGGGAAAGGCCUCCAACACCUCCCUGUCUUCCCAGGGUUGGGCAGCGGGUGAGAGAGGAGUAGGAGGUUCCGUGGGCCCAGGGUCUGAGGGCAAGGGGGCUGCUUCUAAUCAGGGCCCAGGCUCAGGUGGCCCUGGGGCUCUGAGGGCAGGGGGCGGAAUGGGCGAUGGGGCUGGGGCCAGGCUCCUUGGUGCGCAGGCCUCCGCAGCUGGAGCUGGCCCCUGGGGUAACACCAGAUCCCCCGAGGUACCUACUCAGGCUGGGGCUGGCUCCAAGAGCCAGUGGGCUUCCGGCUCUGGCACUGUGUGGGAUGAUGGGGUGGCAUCUAAGAGGCCAGGGUCUCUAGGAGCUGUGGACAGCACAGCUUAUGGACAAGGGCCCAGGGGUCUGGGGCCUGGGAGGGCAGGGCCAGGGGGUGAUGCUAUCUUGGGCCAGGGCUCAGGGGGCCCCAGAGGAAUGGGAACAGCAGAGGAGACAGGGGACAGGAAUGGCUGGGGGGGAGUUGAGGGAGUUGGAGCCGGGGGUGAGGGCGGCUACAGGGGAGGCCCAGGUGUAGGGGGAGUUGGAGCAGGGGGGAUUUUCUCCAGGCUGCAGCCCCGGGGUGGCCUCUCAGUGCCCAGUGCAGGCCCUGGCCUGGGCAGCUGGGCCCUGGGGACUCUCUCUGUCUCUGUCUCUCUAGGCCGCCUGGGCCACUUCUCCCGAGGCUUGGCUGACGUGGAGGUGCAGCAGGGGGACGCUGCCACACUUUCCUGUACCCUCACCAGGGACCUGGGGCCUGGCACCUGGCUUAAGGAUGGCAUCAAGCUCACUGGCCAGGAUGGAGUCAUCUUGGAGCAAGACGGCCUCACGCACAGACUCCUCAUUGACCGCGUGCAGGGGACCCACGCUGGGAAGUACAUGUUUGUAGCCGGUGACCAGCAGAGUGAAGCCACCCUGACCGUCCGGGAUCCCCCCACCAUCGCUCCAGAUGUGAUGGAGAAGCUGAGGGAGCCCCUGGUGGUCAAGGCCGGGAAGCCGGUGACCAUGAAGGUCCCUUUCCAGAGCCGCCUCCCCGUGCAGGCGGAAUGGAGGAAGGACGGGGCCGAGGUGGGGGGCAGCGGCCGCAAGGGCGCCCAGGUGGCCCUGGGGGACGACUACACGCGCCUGUGCCUCCCGAGCGCGAGCAGGAAGGACGCCGGCCAGUACAGCGUGACGCUGCGGAGCCACGGAGGCUGCGCGCAGGCCCAGCUCAGCCUGCAAGUCCUAGACAAGCCUCAGCCCCCGCUGGGGCCCCUGGAGGUACAAGAUCUGCGUGGGGCUGGGGUCUGCCUGCGCUGGCGGCCUCCACGGGAUGACGGGGGCCGGGCCGUGGAGCACUACGUGGUGGAGAGGCGCCAGGCCGGCAGGAGCACCUGGCUGAAGGUGGGGGAGCCCCCCGCAGACAGCACCACCUUCACGGACAACGACGUGGAGCAGGGCCGGAAGUAUGCCUUCCGCGUGCGGGCCGUGACCUCCGAGGGGGCCAGCGAGGCCCUGGAAUCCGAGGAGCUGCUGGUGGCGCCCGAGGCCCUCCCCGGGCCCCCUUCUAGCCCAACCAUCCAGGCGGCCUCCAGCCGGGGCAUCACCCUGACCUGGACAGCACCCCGGGGCCCAGGCAGUGCCCACAUCCUGGGCUACCUGAUCGAGAAAGCGCAAGGAAGGGGAAGCAAACACCCUUGGACGGGUGUGAACGAGAAUGCCCCGUGGCCAGAGAGGAAGUGGACGGUGGAGGACCUGCGGCAGGGCUGUCAGUACGAGUUCCGCAUCAUGGCGGUGGCUCCCGUGGGCCCCGGGGAGCCUGGGCCCCCCUCGGAGGCUGUCUUCGCUCGGGACCCCAUGAGACCGCCGGGGCCCGUGCGGGAUCUCCGUGUCACGGACACAUCGAAUACCAGCAUCACCCUGAGCUGGACCGGGCCCGACACCCAGGACGGGGAUGAGGCCCAGGGCUACGUGGUGGAGCUGUGUGACUCAGACAGUGUCCAGUGGAGCCCGUGCCACACGGGGACCGUGCCAGCCACCACCUUCACCGCCAAGGGGCUGCGGCCCCAAGAGGGCUACUUCGUGCGAGUGACAGCCGUCAACGCCGGGGGCCGCAGCCAGCCCGUGGCCCUGGCCACGCUGGUGCACGCCAAGCCCCCUGCUGUCGGUCCCAGGUUCCUCACGGGCACCAGCACAACGGAGACGCUGACAUUCAAGGCUGGGGACACCAUCCGUGUGCCUGUCACCUUUGAGGCUGCCCCAGAGCCCGAGGUGGUCUGGCUGAAGGACGGCUCCCCCUUGCCCAGAAGAAGUGUGACAACCACCAAGGACGGCCUCACGCGGCUUCUCAUCCCCACGGCCACCCUCUCGGACAGCGGCUGCUACACCGUGGUGCUGAGGACCCAGGACGGGAAGGAGGCCACCUACAGCUUCCUCAUCAAGGUGGCAGCUCGCCCGCAGGCCCCCGGCGCCAUCCGCCUGCAGGAGAACGUGCCAGGGACGGUGACGGCCGAGUGGGAGCCCUCUCCGGACGAGGCCCAGGGGCUCCCCCUGACCUACACGGUGCUCAUGCGUUCCUCGGACCACGGCCCGUGGCAGGAGGUGGCCGAUCGCAUCCACAACAACCACUUCACCCUCCUGGGCGUGCUCCCCGGCCACGAGUACUACUUCCGCGUGCUGGCCAAGAACGAGCUGGGGGCCAGCGAGCCCUCCCAGAGCCAGCCCUGGUGCACCCCCCGGAAGCGAGACAAGUUCACGGUGAAGGCCCCAAGCUACCGGGAGCCCGACCUGCGCCAGAAGCCGCGCUUCCUCGUGGGUCUGCGCGUGCACCUACUGCCGCAGGGCUGUGAGUGUCGCAUGACCUGCGCUGUGCAGGGCUCGCCCCGGCCCCGCGUCACCUGGUACAAGAACGGCCAGAGCCUGGAGAGGAACCCUGGGAUGUACAGCACCGACGUGCAGGGCGUCUGCUCCCUCAUCAUCACCAGCGUGACCCCGGAGGACAGCGGCCAGUACAAGGCUGUGGCCGAGAACCCGCUGGGCCAGGCGGUCAGCAUGGCCACCCUCAUCGUCACAGAACCCAGCUUCUAGCCCUCCUCACCCGAGAUGGUCCCGCCCAAACCCACAGCCGUGAUGGAAGACAGAGCCCCGGAAGCUCCACCCCCGAUGCCCACUUCGGCCAGUCUGGAAGGGCAGAGAGUCCAGAGCCCCAGGGAGGUCCCGCAGGGGACAUGGAGUCCCUGGGGAAGGGAAAGAAUGAAGUCACCACUCAGGAGGACAGCGAGGACCCUCAGGACCCCGCCGCGUGGCUUCCUCCUGCCCUGCAGAGGUCCAGGGCGGAAGCCGGCACCUGCUUGCCUGGGCCGGGCACCUGCUGUGUGCAGGGAGGGAAAAGAAUGGGGGGAGGCGACGGACCUGGGUGAGGACGCGGGCUUCCAGGGCACUGUGGGGGGUGCCCCAUGUCCCCCAUUAAAUGGGUGAGAGAAGCCA